GAUUCAGUUAUAAACGCGCUGCGAUGCGAUCAGUGUGGAUAUAUGUGGCAUUUCUGGGUCUCUCAUUUUAUUCAACGGAAGCGAUGGAUAGUGAGAGUUUUCAAAAUGAUACCGCUAUCAGAAACAAACCCGAACUAAAAUCGUUGUACAAAUUGGUACUCGCCCUGCUCGAGGAAAACCAAUCCAAUGCUAGUACUGAAAAUAUCCAGAAGAGUAGUUCAGAUUUAAAUACAACUGGAUUGUCCGGAAGAUAUCCCAGCCAGUGUCCCACCUAUCCACCUGCUCACGGAAUCUAUACCGUUCAGGUGUUGGGACUGAAGCCCUUCCAGGUGUCUUGCGAUGCAGAGAUUGCCGGAACUGGAUGGACUGUGAUGGCCCGCCGCACCAGCAACAAGUUGAACUUCUUCCGCAGCUGGGCGGAGUACAAAAACGGCUUCGGGCAGCUCGAUGGAGAUUUCUUCAUUGGCUUGGACAAAUUGCAUGCCAUAACUAAGUCACAGCCCCAUGAGUUAUACAUACACCUUGAGGACUUUGAAGGACAGACACGAUAUGCGCAUUACGAUGAAAUCUUUAUCGAAAGCGAAAACAAGUUCUAUGCAAUGACCAAACUGGGCGAAUUUACCGGCGACGCAGGGGACUCCAUGAUUCACAACAGGAACCAAAACUUCUCCACUUUCGAUAGGGACAAUGAUGGGUGGCACAAAAACUGUGCCGAGGAGUAUGUGGGUGCUUGGUGGCAUUUGAACUGCACUUACAGUAAUCUAUUCGGCAUCUAUGUGAAAGGUGAUGAGGGGCAGUACUUUCAGUGGAAGGGCAUCGUCUGGCAUUCUUGGCGCACUGAGAGUUAUUCCUACAAGGUGAUGCAAAUGAUGGUUCGACCGAAAUGCCAUUGCUCAGGAUAGAAAAAAGUUGCUUUGCAACGUGUAGCCAUAAAAAAUAUUUGUGCACGUUAAUAAAUCAUUUCUGAGAUACAGUGACAUCAAGGAUCCAUCUAUCUUCCGGCAGCUGAAACGCAAUGUAUAGCACGACUAGGAGAAUUCUACAUAAGACGUAGAUACAUACAUGUAUGAAUACAUGUAAAGAUUUAUUGUAUAAUAUAAGUAAAAUAUCCACUUCGAAUAUAUUUUCGAAAAUUGAAUUCGAUAUCG